AUGUCUUCUACUAAGAGAAAGACUCUUUUAACCGUAAAGACUGAUACUGAUACGUUUGUACUUCAUGACUUUCUUGCUGCUUUGUCAGAAUUCGGACACAUUGAUCCAUAUCUCGACUUUCCAAGAGAAAGAAAUGUUUUUAAUGCACCAAAAAAGGUGACUGUUGCCGUGGUUACCCCCCGUGAGAAGUCAUAUGUGUAUGACGCUGUCUUUUCAAAGGAAAGUGGAUUUAACCCAAAGCAGCGUAGAGAUGAUAGGCGACAUGACAAGAUGAUCGGACUUAGUGUAUGUCGGGAGGUCAGUCAUUUACCGUUUCAGGAGGACGCUAAACCUGUUCCUUCAAAAAUGUCCUCAAACAUCGGUCAUUAUCUGGAUAGGCGAUGUGAUCCACUUAAUCGUUCUCACACACGCAUUCACUUUGUGGGGACCGAAUUUUUUCGACGCAACGGUGUCGACUUCAAGAACCUCAUGGAAGACCAAAAGCACUGA